UCACCCUCUCCUUUUUAAUGAUACAGUUUAGAUCUACUCUUUUCCCGCGCCGCUCCGAUCCCCCAUUCUAAAAUAGACUCUCCCAGCAAGCUUCGAAAACAUGGCGCUGACUGUGUAGCGUGCAUUCUGCCAAUUUGUGUGUACAUGAAGGCCUUGGAAUAAUUCCAACAGUUGUUGACAUCGCAUUCGUAGUGCAGUGAACAGAUCAAGUGCACCCAUGGCAUUCCCUGCUCCAAACAAGAAGCCAAGACUAAGCACGGAAGGUGGACAGGCUGAGGUUGAUCCAUUCAAAGACUUUGAGGAUGAGGAAAGCUUCACAGCAGAUGACCUGGAGCAGAUUGACAUCAUCGAAUCUCAAGCUUUGAGCCAAAUACCCAGGGACCACAUCACUUCUGCAACUGCAUCCAGCAAACCAUAUGUGAAAGGGGCACAUGUGCCACACAACUUUUCUUUCAAGCCUCUUACUUCCAGGUCCCCUAAUGUUCCCAGAAAGCCAAGCACUAGUUUCCAACAGAAAGCUCCUGAUAGGCAUCCUCCCUUAAUUAGCCAUGGACAAGCCAGAGGACAAGACAGGCGUCAGACGAACGUCACAGUGCCCGUUGCAGAACUCCGUCCCUCUAAAAUCUAUACAGGGUAUCUGUCUCCUUCUCCGGAUGGGGUGAAAAGCUCCCCUCCCUUUGCAUCAAGUCAGAAUAGAUACAAGAAGGGAGUGGAAGCCCAACCUACCAAUAAUAACCCUCGCCUUCAGCAGUCUAAUGUGAGCUUCCCACUGCACAAGCAAGAAUCACCACAGUCCCAGGGAUUCGGAGUGUCCAACACUCUGCUGCCUCAAGACUCUGAUCAUCAGCAUUCCACCAGCAAUAAAACAUUCCAGCAUGGCAUUCCAGCGAAGGAGGUACGUCACACUCUCUCGGCUCAGACAAUGGCUCAAGGAGGGGCAAAGAGCAAGACCCUUACUCCUCCAAAAGGCUGCACUUCUUCAGGGACACCUAAUCUUCCAAUGCAAGGUGAAUCAAGGGAGGCCCAGAGGUUGGCUCAAGAGUUGGAAAAGAUGAAAGAAGAGCUCAAGAAUUUGAAAUCAGAAAGGUUCUCUAAAGAUGGAGAGAUUCAAGUGCUGAGACAGAACCUAGGAAGGUACAAGGCAGAAGUCAGUCGUCUGAAAAUUGAGAGGGUAGAACAUGAGGAGAAACUGAAGAGGGAGCAGACGGAGAUGGAUAAGGAGUUGACCAAGGAGGCAGAAAGUCUAAAGACGCAACUGCAAUUUAAGGAAAGGGAGUUGGCAGAAGCACAGAGUACCUAUCGUAGUCUGGAGCAACGUCUUCAGAUGAACAACAACACCAGCAUCAUGGCCAAGAACCCCAUCACUCCACCCCGUAACAGCCCCCGCUUCACGGGAUCCUCGAUGGGGAGAAGAGAGCAGGCCUCUGCUGCUACCCCUCAGCAGGAAGGGGGGUUCCCCACCAAAGAAAGUUUCAUGCAGACUAACCCCGCCCUGGGGUCACCCGCCAAGGUCAAGAUGCGACUUGUCGAAGAGUGCAGCACCAGCAAGGGGAUUCUACGCAGCCCCAAGCGAGUUGCAUCUAGAAGUCCAGCAAGAAGUCCCAAGAUUGUGAUGAAACAGAGGAAGAUUUCAAGUAACAAGGCCAAUCUCAGGAGGGACAUCACAGGCUCCACCAAGCUAACUCUGUCAUCUAGAUAUCCAAGUGGUCAUGUAUCCUCUGCACAGUUAAUUGGACGACUCAUGGGCCAAACUCUGCCCCAGGAUUACAAUGCUGCAUCACUUACUCAGGGCUCUCUCAUCAGUACUCUUCAAGCAGCUGAGUCUAUAAACUGUGAUUCUCAUCCAACACUCAGGGAGGUUGAGAAAAACAAAAGUGCAAACAUUCCAGCAGCUAAACUAUUACAGAAUGAGGAAGCAAAGACUACAUCUUCCAGGAGAAACAAGAAUUAUGAAUCUGCUAUGAGAGCAUUAUCAUCACUCUUGAAUUGGUCCAACUCAUCCACCAGUGCCUGUGCUAACAAACUUACCUCUUCCAAAAUGGACGAUUCCGAACUGGAGCAGAUUCAUGCCUUAAAAACGGACAAUUCCAAUGCAAUAUUAGGGGUGCUCCCACUUCUAGAGGACCAGCUUGUAGGCUACAUAGACUCGCUGCAUUUAUUGAGUGUUUGCUCGUCUAGCUUAGCGUCCACCUGUCCUAGCAGCAGCGGGGGUGGAGCUGGGCGAGGCCUGGAUAGCUCCUUAGAUCCUGGUGCUAAGGAGGAGCAGCUACAGCUUGAAAUGAAAGAAGCAGGAGCAGUGAAUGCUUUACAAACUCUAUACUGUUUGGUGUGCUACAGUAAAGUUGCAGCCUCUCAUAUCAUCCGAGGCGGUGGAGAAGAUGGUGGUGAUGCUGAUACUUCGUUGAUGGAAAUUGACCCCUCAGCGCCGCUUAUCGAUCCCACACAAGCCCCUGGGCGGUCAACAUCCCAGCAACCAAUGUCCUCCCGCCCCGGCACCAACCUACCGUCAGUGUCUCUCAUGACCUCUGACCUUCCAAGAUGUCAGAUCCUGAAGAGGCUGGUAAAGAUCAUAGGCAUGCAGCCAUCGGAAGGCCAGGGACCUGUGGUGCUAGACACCGCUCUCAGGAUACUCUUUGAACUGGCCAGGAUAUUGUCAAUGGAAGAUGCUUUUAGGUUCUCUGAACUGUUGCUAUCCGAAGUCCUGCAUCCACUCAUGACAUGUGACAGUCCUGAUACUUUCUGUGCCGUGCUCACAAUACUCUCAUUGCUUGCUGCCAAAUCUUGGCGUCUAACCCAGAAUCUCUGUACACAUUCAGAUUCUUGUCUACUGCUUCAAUUGUACCAGUGUGCUAGUCAUGACCUGAACAAGUGUAAUACUGCAGAGAGGAUGCAAGUAGUCUGCAAGAUCAUCAACCUUCUGACGUGUAUAACUUCAGUGCAUGAGGAAGGAGCAGCUUUCUUACUUGAUACUGAUUGCCAGUGCAGUGAAGAGGUUGUCUCUUCACUUGUGGUUAUGUUAUCUCGAGAGUUCAGAUCCAUAGCUCCAGAUUGUGAUCUCCAAAAUCAGAGGCUGUUGAUGAUCCGGCAGGGACUCCUUCCCCUCCACUCUCUGUUCAUGGAUAGUCACUUCACUGAUCAUCGGCUGGAAGCAGAGCAACAGUACAAUCACCUCAUCACAGAGAUGAACAGACUGAUCUCUACCCUACCACAGAUACAUAGACAUGAAGUUGGGUUCCUACAAGACUUUGAUGGAUCAGAUGAAGAUGAAUGGGAACAGGACAGCCAAGAGCAGGCAACGCAGAUGGAAGUCAACUGAACACACCACACAUGUUGGUAUGGAUUAGGAACUUCAUUUUGGGGUGUGUUUACACUACUCAACACUCUGGAAAGUUCACCUCUCUCGGUACUAUGGAGUAACAGCUUACUAAUCAGGUUGUUUUAACGUUUUACCUCGCACACUAGCCAAUCAAUUCAUCUUGAUGGCAUGCUGAUAGAAGUCAACUGAACACACCACACAUGUUGGUAUGGAUUAGGAACUUCAUUUUGGGGUGUGUUUACUGUACUCAACUCUCCGAAGAAUUCACCUUGCAUGCUAUAAUGGAGUGACAUCAUUUUGAUCAAGUUCUGCUUAUAUAUUUACAUGAUACAUGAUGUAAUGAUUGGCUCACCUUGUAUAAAAAGAAAGCAGCCUAUUUUAAAAGUCUCACUUUUGUCUAGAAGAUUGUUACAUGGAUACAUGGAUUGUUUGCAAGUUCAGGACCAAAUUUAUUGGAUUUAGUUAUCAAGAUCUUGGAUCUGGCAUGGAACAGUGGUCUUUAGAAUGCAGAUUUUAGAGUAGAAAGAUGAAAGUGAAGGAAAUUGAUGCCAGAGUUCAUGAUAGAUAUUCAUGAAGCAUUGCAUAGGAAUUGACCCUGGCAUUGCUAGAACAGUCGACACGAUAAGUUUUUAAAAUACCGUAUUGUCAAUGUCUAUUUAAUUGCACCUGAAACUAUAUGUAUGCUAAUCAUGCUUCUCUAUUAAGCUAUGUAAUAGAGAAAUCAAUUUGAUUUGCUUUAGAGCGGACAAAAUAAGUCAAGUCAAAAGGAAAAACUAUUUGUAUGUAAGAUCCUGUUCGUAUUCUAUGUGUAGAUAAUGGGAGCAAUAUCUAUUCCUGGAUGUUACUUUUGUAGGAGUGUGUUUAGCACUACAUAAACUUUUAUGAAAAUAAAGGACUUUUUAGUAUCAAACAGGAAAAAUACUCUUGCAAUUUCUCCUCCAAUGUGGUAUAGUUUAUAACCCACAAUUUUCGACAAGUUUCCAGCCUCUGCUUUGUAGAUAUUGCUACGCUAUUUGACUUAAAGCACCUUUUCACAUGACAUCAUUUAACCAUGUUAUAAGUAGUCUUUUGGACAUAUUUAUCGUUUUGUAAAUGUCACUUUUCUGAAGUGAUUGUUUGUUUAUUCCAGCGCAAAGUAUUCAAUACUAUGAUAGUCAGUAAAGGAUUCUUAAUCUGUUGCUACAAGAAGGCAACUCUCUGUAUGUCAAUUUGGGCCAAUAGGUUCUAUGAAACAUGUGCAGUACUCAACACCCUACACAAAGCAACUUCUUAGCUUCAACCCGGGACCAAACAUUACACCUAAACCUAACCCAAGGUCCAGUGCAACCCUAAAGCUAACUCUUAAAUCUUGGGUGAAAUGUAGCACAGAGCAGUUAUCACUAGAUCAAAUGUAGGGUCACCAUAUGAUAUUCACAAACAUGCGUUUGCAUUAAAUGUUUGCAAAUUAUGCGAGUGUUUUCUGUCCCUCUCUACGUGCCAUACAUGUAUCUAUCAACUUGGCAAUCAUGCUAUUCCACAAUUCUCUGUUUCUAGACUUCACCAGAAGUAGUAGGGAUCUUAGUGAGAAAGAUGUUAAAUGUUCAUAAUAUUGCUUUUGGAAUCUGUUUUGAAACUAGAGCAAUAUUUGUAUUACAUUGUAAUUAGUGUGUACUGGUUUUUAUUGAUCAAAAGAUUAAAAUGAAUACCUUGCACACAAAUGUCCAUGCUGAUGCUUUGUUGGGAGUAGUUAACACAAACAGCUUGCACAAAUGCUCGUUCAGAUCUUAAACAGAGUACUUAUACACUGUAGUUUUGUUAUCCAGUUUUGAUUUGAAAGCUAACAUGUGAAGUUUCUUCUCAACAGGAUUUUGUUAUCUUAUUUGUUGUUUAAUAAUUUGGCCAAAUUAACCUGUUUUUUGUUGCCAAUUUCGUUGUUCCACAUUUCAAGGAAAUGUUGACAAUCAUGAUGUGAAGGUAGAUAUUCUGAUGAUCUGUUAAAUGAUACAUCAACUUCAAUGAUCUGUUUUCAGUUUUCUUUCUCUUACACUCAAAGGCUAUUUGUACAUGUAUCUCUUACUCCUUGUCUUUUCUUACUUUCUUCUUUCACUCCGUCUAUCUUCUUUCUUUCUUCUCUCCCUCUUUUUUCCAGACUGAAUAUGAAAAGCCUGUAGCAAUGUUGACAUCAGUACGCAAGUAUGCAACAGUGUCUGUAGUAUCUCUGUACUUCAGAUGUUAAUUCUUCCAACCAAUCAGUACACUAACUUCAUUGAAAUGAACAGUACAACUGUGUAUAUGGAUUGUAUAUAUUUUCUACACGCCACAGUGCCAAAUAAAAGCUAUGCUUCAUAUGAAGCUAAACCA